UUUUAUCAUUGAAUUUAUAGAGAUUAGCUUCAGCACCUGUUCCUUUUAUGGUUCUUUCAAUUGUUGGAAAUCCAUGUAAUGAAGAUUUUUUGGCUGUUUGUGGAUUAAAGGAUUGCCAUAUAUUAACUUUUACUAGUUCAGGAUCAGUGUUGGAUCAUCUUGUUUUGCAUCCACAACUUGAAUCUGGAAAUUAUAUCAUAAAAGCUUUAUGGUUACCUGGUUCUCAAACAGAACUUGCUUUAGUUACUGCUGAAUUUGUGAAAAUAUAUAAUUUAUGCCAUGAUGCAUUAAGUCCUCAAUUUUUUUUCCUACUACCUAGUGGUAAAAUACGAGAUUGUUGUUUUGUAUUUUCUGAAGAUGGUCAACGUCACAUGAUGCUCAUGUCUUCUGCCGGACAUAUAUAUUAUCAGCCAAUGGUGGAAGAAAGUUCAGCCAAACAUGGACCUUUUUAUGUAACUAAUAUCUUGGAAGUAACUCAUUCUGAAUUAACUGAUUCAAAUGGAACAAUUGGUGGUGGAGGUGUGUCCAUUUAUUAUUCCCACACUUUACAAUUAUUAUUUUUUAGUUAUUCUCAAGGAAAAAGUUUUAUUUCUCCAUUCCCUCAAGUCGUAUCAGAAUUAACUAAUGUGUUCUAUGUGCAACUUAAAUCUUCUAAUGGAAGUGGAAGUAGUACAAAACCUACACCUCAACCACUUUGUCAAUGGUCAGAAGUUCCUCAUCAUCCUGGAUUAAUAUUAGCUCAGUUACAAACUUCUAAUAAUCCAGUAAUACUUAUGGUUAAACCCGAUGCAGUAUUAGUUCAGGAAAUUAAAUUUCUCACUGCUAAAUCAAAAAUUACUGAUAUGGUUGCAAUUCGUCAUUCAAUAUCAUGUGGAGAAAUGCGUACUACACUAAUAUUACUCUGUGAAGAUGGUAGUUUGAGAAUAUAUAUGGCUAAUCAGGAUCAAACUGGAUAUUGGUUGAUGCCUGCCUUUCAGCCUACUACCGUGCCUACUCAUUUAAAACCAUCUAAGAAAAAAAAAGCUACAAAAAGUGGUCGCCCCACAGGAGUAAUUUCUUUUCCAAUAGAUUUUUUCGAACAUUGUACUGCAAUGCCCGAUGUUGAAUUUGGAGGUAACGAUGUAUUACAAGUUUAUAAUGUGCAGCAAGCAAAACAUAGAUUAAACACAACAGGUCUUUACAUUGCAAGCACUAAACCUGCAGGCUUUCAAAUUGAAGUUUAUAAUUCUGAUUCAUCAAUGGUUAUGGUUGGUGCACGUAUUUUAAUUGGUAGUCAGGAUAUUCAAAGAUUUCCUUCAUACAUAGAAAUUUUUGGACGCACCAUACAAGCUUCUCUUACCCGUAACCGUUGGUAUGAUUUUCCAUUUACACGAGAGGAAUCAUUAACUGCUGAUAAAAAACUGACAAUAAUCUUUGGAGCUAGUUCUGAUCCUGCAGGUGUAACUAUGGUCGACUCAAUAAAAAUUUAUGGCAGAACUAAGGAAGCAUUUGGAUGGCCUGAAGAUAGUGAUGAUUUCACAACAGCAACUGGUUCAAAUGCUCAAGGAGGUUACUCAAUUGUCGGUAUGGAUGUAGAUGGUAUUCCUGCUGCUCCUUUACCUUUAACACCUCUUGAUAGAUUAGUAGGAAGUAGUAUGGAAUUAUUAGAUGGAUGCUUUUCUGUAAGAGCAUUGACAGAAGAGAAGGAUAAUUUAAAGACUGCAGCUCUUGAAAUGGCUACUCAAAUGUUGACCCUUCCUACGCCUCCUGCAGUACAUCAGCAUGUGAAAGCAUUACUUGCUGUUCUUCAUAAUAAUAGGACUGCAUAUAGUAACCAUAAAGAUCAAGCUCUUUUGAAUUAUGUAUUACAAUGUCUUAAUUGUGAAGGAAAACCUUCUGAAGAAAUGGAUGGUGAAGCCUUUUAUCGCUUGAUCUCAAUAGCUAGAGGUGUUGCUGUUUCUCGUCCAUCAAAUUUAGUCAGAUUUGCAGAAUCACAGGAUCAAACAUUAGUAGAUGAAACUAGUGAAGGAGGUAAAAUAUAUUUUAAAACAUUUAAAAUAAUAUAUCAAAAUUUUUAAUUCAGAUAACUCUCU